CCCCAAGUUUGGCCGGGCUGAGCCCUGAUCCCCAUUAAGCAGCUUUGGGGGCGCAGGGUAUAUCAGGGGGGUGGGCGUCCCCCCCCCCCACCACCGCCACCAUGGACGAGGAGGAGUUCUACCUGUUCAAGAACCAGUCGUCGGUGGGGCCCUGGGAUGGGCCCCAGUACCACAUCGCGCCCAUGUGGGCCUUCUACCUGCAGACCAUCUUCAUGGGGCUGGUGUUCGUGGCGGGCACCCCCCUGAACGCCAUCGUCCUCAUCGUCACCAUCAAGUACAAGAAGCUGCGGCAGCCGCUCAACUACAUCCUGGUGAACAUCUCCGUCAGCGGCCUCAUGUGCUGCGUCUUCUGCAUCUUCACCGUCUUCGUCUCCAGCUCCCAGGGGUACUUUGUCUUCGGGAAGCACAUGUGUGCCUUUGAGGGCUUUGCAGGGGCCACCGGAGGGCUGGUGACAGGGUGGUCCUUGGCCUUCCUGGCCUUUGAGCGCUACAUCGUCAUCUGCAAACCCUUCGGCAACUUCCGCUUCAACUCCCGCCACGCCUUGCUGGUCGUGGCGGCCACCUGGAUCAUCGGCGUCGGCGUCGCCGUCCCCCCCUUCUUCGGCUGGAGCAGGUACGUCCCCGAGGGGCUGCAGUGCUCCUGCGGCCCUGACUGGUACACAGUGGGCACCAAGUACAAGAGCGAGUACUACACCUGGUUCCUCUUCAUCUUCUGCUUCAUCGUCCCUCUCUCCCUCAUCAUCUUCUCCUACUCGCAGCUGCUCAGCGCUCUGCGGGCCGUGGCAGCGCAGCAGCAGGAGUCGGCCACGACACAGAAGGCAGAGCGGGAGGUGUCACGCAUGGUCGUGGUCAUGGUCGGGUCCUUCUGCCUGUGCUACGUCCCCUACGCGGCCCUGGCCAUGUACAUGGUGAACAACCGCGAACACGGCAUCGACCUGCGCCUCGUCACCGUCCCUGCCUUCUUCUCCAAGAGCUCCUGCGUCUACAACCCCAUCAUCUACUGCUUCAUGAACAAACAGUUCCGCGCCUGCAUCAUGGAGACGGUGUGCGGGCGGCCCAUGUCAGACGACUCCGACGUGUCCAGCUCGGCCCAGCGCACCGAGGUCUCCUCUGUGUCCUCCAGCCAGGUCGGCCCCAGCUGAGGGGCUCUGGCACCGCCCCAGCCCUCGGGACCCCCGGCUGCCCCCACAGCGGGGCCGGCACUGCCCCGGGGGCCCCGGCCAGCCUAGGAUGUAGCGCGGGUGGGACAAUAAACCACGGCCGCGG